CCGACAUCACUUCCGGGUUAAUUAUCAUACGUUCUUGUGCACUGAUGUACCAGAAAGCAUUGGAUAGCAGGCUUUUCCUUGCGUACUAAACCUACAAGAAACGUUCUUUAUUCAUAUACUAAAGUGUAAUUUGUCGCCAUUCAAAGUUUGAUUCACUAAUAUAGUGAUGCCGGGCCUCAGCUGUAGAUUCUACCAACACCGGUUUCCGGAAGUGGAGGAUGUGGUGAUGGUGAACGUGCGUUCUAUUGCUGAGAUGGGUGCCUAUGUCAGCCUGCUGGAGUAUAACAACAUCGAGGGAAUGAUCCUCCUUAGCGAGCUGUCGCGUCGACGCAUUCGCUCCAUCAACAAGCUCAUCAGGAUCGGCCGCAAUGAGUGUGUGGUUGUCAUACGAGUUGAUAAGGAGAAGGGUUACAUUGAUUUAUCAAAGAGAAGAGUUUCACCUGAAGAAGCCAUUAAGUGUGAAGAUAAAUUCACCAAAUCAAAAACUGUUUACAGCAUCCUGAGGCAUGUGGCAGAGGUUCUGGAGUACAGUAAGGAUGAGCAGCUUGAGAGCCUAUUCCAGCGCACCGCCUGGGUCUUCGAUGAGAAGCACAAGCGCCCUGGAUAUGGGGCCUACGAUGUUUUCAAGCAGGCAGUGUCUGACCCAUCCAUCCUAGAUGGACUCGACUUAACGGAGGAGGAGAGAACAGUCCUCAUCGACAACAUCAACAGACGGCUCACACCGCAGGCUGUCAAAAUCAGAGCAGACAUUGAGGUGGCUUGCUAUGGCUAUGAGGGUAUUGAUGCUGUAAAAGAUGCUUUGAGAGCCGGGUUGAACUGCUCCACAGAGGCCAUGCCGAUCAAGAUCAACUUGAUCGCGCCGCCACGCUAUGUGAUGACAACAACCACACUUGAGCGCACUGAGGGCCUGUCCGUGCUGCAUCAGGCCAUGGCUGCCAUCAAGGAGAGGAUUGAAGAGAAGAGGGGAGUCUUCAACAUCCAGAUGGAGCCGAAGGUCGUCACGGAUACGGAUGAGACGGAGCUGGCACGGCAGCUCGAGCGCCUCGAACGCGAAAAUGCCGAGGUCGAUGGCGACGACGAUGCGGAGGAGAUGGAGGCCAAGACCGAAGACUAGCGACAACGGACCAAAGAGAGGAUUAAUCGAGGGAGAGACGCAGACAGAUCUGGCCACAAUAACACAGCCUGACAAACGCAACAUGUUAAGAAAUCACACACACACAGAGGCAGAAUGAAGAAAAGUAUUUCACAUACCAGCAGGAUUUGACUGCAGCUCUGAGCAAGCAGGUUCCCAGCCACUAACACAGACAUGUUUGUACAUACAAUACACAUGUGGAUUAAAAUGCCCUAAGGGGAAGCAAAAGACUGGAAUUUAAUUCAUCUGGAGGAGACAUACCUUUUAAUGCAAAUGACCUGUCUUGAGGUUUAAUAAAUUCAGGAAAAGAAUGAGGAAUAGUGAUUUAGAGGAUGUUUAUAAUAAAUCUAACACACAGACAUGUGGACAGACAUGGACUCAUAAGCAGUGGCCUUUUCUUGCAACGACAAAACCCAAAGUUCUUAGUCAUCUUAGAAGUGUUCUUCCGCCAUUCAGCCUGCAGAGGGAAGCUGGGAGUCGUGGUGUUUGUACACCUAGAACCCAGUUAGGGUCACUUUCACACCAUACCUCUUCUGUUCAAUUUUGUGGUUGCAGGAUUGUGUUCUGGGUUAGCACAUGUGGAAUCAAUAAAGCUCUGGAAGUUUUGAAUAAUUGA